AUGUCUGAAAAGUGUCUGGCACUCGAAAGCCAAGCUCUCGAUACUUACUAUUCAUCGCAAUUAAAAGCCCCUACUACCUUCCAUGAUUUGGUAGAGGGGUGUCACCCUUCACAGAACAUCUCUCAAACUGAUAUUAAACUUCCUUUGGACUGGCAAACCAGAGAUCAAUUCGGAGACCAAGCCAACUCUACCUCGCUGGAUAAUAUCGAUCCCUCAGUAACAUGGAACAGCAUGAAUCCUUUCUCCCCUCAAGGUGCAUAUGCAGCGAGCCAGCUUCCUCGGCUGACUUCAGACUUUGGAAACAUGGCAGUUCCAGCUGAGCCGCUUAAUUUCGAUCCCAUUCCAGAUGACAAGCUGUCAUGGAACCCAAUGGAAGAGUCCCAACCAGUAAAUGACGGUGUUGGCUACUCGCGAAGGAUGUCACACCCUGAGGGCAACCAAAUGCGUUACCCCACCACUCUUCGAGCUUCCACUGCGAUAGUGAACGAUAUGAGCGAAGCUCCUGUGUCAUACCUCAAUAAAGGCCAGGUGUACCAUCUCAGGGUGGUAGACUCAAUGCCGUCUAUGGUAUCUUCUACCGAAUCUACGCAGUACCGAACAUUCAUCCGGAUUUCAUUUGAUGAAGAACAACAACGAUCGGACCCCGCUGCCUAUUGGAGACUAUGGAAAGCAUCACGAGGAUCAAAUGCGCCACAAAAGAGCGACAAGAAACUCAAGGCCGUCGAAUAUAUGGGCGAAAAUAAUCCCUUCACGCGCGUUGAACAAAUCUCUCUCGAUGGAUUUUCUGUUACCUGGACCGGCAAUCCGACCGAUAAAGUACCCCAAUGCAGCAUCCCGGUCCGUUUCAACUUUUUAUCCACCGACUUCACGCUCUCCAAGGGAGUGAAGGGAAUACAGGUCAGACUUUGCGCUAAGACAAAGCAACUCGGUGAAAUCAACAUACAAGAACCAGAAGUUUGCUUCUGUAAUGUGAAGCUCUUCCGCGAUCAUGGCGCCGAGCGGAAACUAUCGAACGACGCUGCGAGUAUCCGAAAAAGAAUGGAAAAGUUACAGCUGCAAAUGAACGAUCCAUCUCAACCCGAAUAUUCAAAUAAGAGGAAACGAGGUAGCAUUUCCGCAAAAUCCAAUCCAGAUCUCACUUACUCGAAGAACAACCUGCAACGCCAAGGCGAUCUGUCAGAAGAUCUCCAUAAAGCCCCACAGCAAGCCAACCUUCAGCAGCAACUGCAGAAAAGGCUGGACGCCCUCGAACAAUGCUUUUACUCCAGUCGUCCCGAAAGUGCGCUAAGCCUUCGUGGUGGGUAUCAAGAUGAUCCUGAAUUGUAUCCAUCCCCUUCAUUUGAUGCGGAUGACUCGCCGCAAUCAAACUCUAUGGACCGCAGAGACUCAUCCAAUGGCGACGAUUCAUCUGUCAAGUCAGAUCUAGCCGGAUUCAACGAGAUGGACACCCCAAGCUCCAUGAGCAGUCUCCAAAAAUCAGUGAAUCACGAAGUGUCGCCGGCAUUGUUGAGGUCGGACCAUUUGUCCACCACGCCAGCCGCAUGCUUCUACAUUCGAAUCACCACAAACGACCAAUCGCAUAAUGAACAUUACCGCGCGAUCUAUCCCAAAUCACGAACAGUACACGAAUUAAUAUCAAAAAUAUUGGAGAAGACCUCCGCCGAAACAAGAGAAAAAGAUAUAUCCAGCAUUCUACAUAUUAAUGCAGCCGGACUCAAAAUUGUUGUGGAUGAUGAGUUUGUGCAUGAGAUGGCUGAAGGACAGAGUAUGGCUGUCAAAAUCGUUGAGACUCCUGGGGUCUGCUUUGAUGCUUGCAACGCAUCAGGUAGCGGCACGGUGCAACAUGAAAUUUGGUUGGAGUAUUAG